CCCCUAGUUCAUACUAUGUAUGAUAAAUAAGUUAACUUUUAAGGGGUAAUUUCGUCAUUUGAAGGACAAAACUUGUUUAUAAGACUUCUUAAAUGCCAAAACGUAUAUCUUAAGUUCGCCGGUAAAUGGAGCAGCUAUCUGAAUCGAGCCGCCGCGAUUCAGCUGAUGUGGCUAGCUCGUCGUCAUCUACCGCCGCAGAUGGUCACAUCGGAGGCGGUGGUGGUGGAGAAGCUAUGGCUCGAGGGCUAUCGGCGAUGCUAGAGUCCGUAAUUAAGGAAUUCGACUCUAAAUCAAUCGAUACUCUCAGUAGCCAAGACAAACUCUCCGGCUCGCUCGAUCGACUUGUCCAAGAGCUCGAUCAGUUGCUGGAGAACGCUCCGUUGCCGUUCAUUGUACAGCACGCGUCGAGGAUCUCGAGCGUCAAACAGAGAGUCUCGUCGAUGAAUCUGGUGCUUAAAUCUAUACAAAGGCGUAUUGAUAACAUCGAUCACAUGCUCUCUGCCAACAACAUUCAAGACAAAACAGCUUCGGACACUACUUGAUGUCCAAAACACGAGUCAAUCUCCGGCUUACGUGUGAGCGUGGGAACUAAGGAAACGUCGGCGUUUUGGGGUUGCUUGUCUUUUAACGGGCUUCUAUCUAAUAUGGUCUACUGGUUCUUUUAGCGGGCUUUUAUCAAAUCUGUUCUUUUCCAGUUUGUAAAAAAAUAAACAAUUCUCAUUUUAUUUAAUUGCUUUACUAAUAAAAUCAAAAAAAUAAUAUA